AUGUGUAAAUCAGCGAAAGAAUGUUGUAGUGGUACAUGUCAUGAAAAAUGCAUUACUCCGUGCAAACCAGUGAAUGCAGCUUGCAAUAAGUCAAACAAUGUUUGUUGUAAUGGAUUGCAAUGUGAUCAAUCUACUAAGAAAUGUUGUCGAUUGGCAGGAUACACGACUCUAACUCCAUCUGAAUGUUGUAGCCUACAAUGGAUACCAAAUGCUAACGGUUGUGGUGGCAUAUGCAGUUCUUCAUGCCAACCAGUCAAUGCAGCGUGCGAUGACCGAAACGAUGUUUGUUGUAAUGGAUUAGAAUGCAAUCAAUCUAAUAAGAAAUGUUGUCGAUUGGCAGGAUUCACAGCUCUAACUCCAUCUGAAUGUUGCAGUCUACAAUGGAUACCAAAUACUAACGAUUGUGGUGGCAUAUGCGGUCCUCCAUGCAAACCAGUGAAUAUAACUUGUGAUCAAUCAAACGAUGUUUGUUGUAAUGGAUUAGAAUGUGGAUAG